UUGACGUCAACGUACGUCCAGUAGGAAUUCUGCUUAUUUGCACCGCCAUUGUGUGCAUUGAGGUCUUGUGCGCAAAUCUGCCCCCCUGUGUCCGGAGCGCGCAUUACAGCCACAGAGGCGGAUCUGACCAUUUUCACGGCGCUUCUGAUCGAUUUCUCGGCCAGUCGAUGUCCACCUUGAUCUCCAAGCUGUGCUCCGGCUUCAUCUCAAGCGCUUCACACUGCGACCAGGGCCGCAGCCUGCUUCCGGAUCCCGGCCUUCUGCUUCUGGAGCAGGACGUGUUCAGCAAACUCCCACACAGCGCCAGCCCCGCCGCCAUGCUUGCAGGCAAACUUGCCGACCCUGAUGGCGUCGGGCUGGGCGUCUGCCGGCGCCGCGCUCAGACCCGCCAGCCGCAGACAUCUGGCAGACGCUGCUUCAGAGCCUGGGAGGAAAAACUCAGGCUUUCCGGCUGCCUGAUCACAGACGAAGGAUGUGCUGCUCUGGCCUCAGCUCUGACUAUGAACCCGUCUCACCUGAAGGAGCUGGACCUGAGUUUCAAUUAUCCUAGAGAGGCAGGAAUGGAGAGUCUAGCAGCUAUAAUGAAGAAUCCAAGCUUCAGGCUGGAGUCUCUCAACAUGGAGCCUGGAGGAGAAAGAUGGUUGACACCAGGUCUGAGGAAGUAUUCCUGUCCACCAACAGUCGACCUAAACACUGUAAACAGAUUCCUCAAACUGUCUAACAAAAACAGGAAGGUGACACUUGUGGAGAACGAGGAGCAGCCGUAUCCUGAUCAUCCAGACAGAUUUGACCUCAAUCAGCUGCUGUGUACUGAUGGUCUGACUGGUCGCAGUUACUGGGAGGUUGAGUGGGGUGGGAAAGUCUAUGUAUCACUGAGUUACAGGGGAAUCAAUAGAAAAGGAGUAAAUAACGAUUCCUGGUUUGGAUUGAAUGAUAACUCCUGGAGUCUAGUCUGCUCUGAUGAUGGUUACACUGUUUGGCACAAUGGAAAAAAAGCUUUCAUCCCCAUCUCUUCCUACUCCUCAUCUCCCUCUGGCAGAGUAGCUGUGUAUGUGGACUGUCCUGCUGGGACUCUGUCCUUCUACAGAGUCUCUUCACAUACACUGAUCCACAUCUACACUGCCAACACCAAAUUCACUGAACCUCUUUAUCCUGGAUUUGGAUUUGAGUACAAGACAGGUUCUUGGAUGUCUUUGUGUUCACUUUAAGCUCCCAAGUUGUAGUGAUUGUCAUCAUUCAUCUUGACUAAACUAUCACAAUAAAUAUAACAUAUUUUUCCAGUGUCUUCAGACACACUGAUCACCAUCUACACCUUCAACACCAAAUUCACUAAAACACUUUAUCCUGGAUUUUCGUGCAGGAAUCGUUGUGGGGGGUCUUGGUUCUUGUUUUAGUGUAAUCUUUUCUAAGUCAGAGGAAAUCUAACUUUACAUGUGUUUCAUCUAAUAUAUGGUUUUAGACUAACAUUCUUUGUAAAAAUUUGUUCAAACAGCUUAAAUAAUCACAAAGUGCUUCACAAUAGAUACUACAGUCUGCAGGAUCUCCAUCACCACCCUGUUGCAUUGUCGAUGCGCUCAAGUCUGUCCUGAACCUGUCCACUAGAUGGUGCAUUUGGCGAAUCUUCCAAAUCACCUUCAUUUCAGUUCAGCACAAGCCCAGCAGCAAGCCUUAAAGGUUUUGCUAAAAUCUGACUUUCUAGACUGGUGGUCAUUGUCACUUCCUAUUUUGUGGCACAGGAUUGGUGGGGACUUCCUGUAGGGUUCAGAACAUGUCUUGUGUUUUUGUCAAGAUUUAGAGGAUAUAGUUUCAAUCUUAUGUUGGAGGAGCCAUCCAAUAAUCUUCUUUUUUUUCUGAGUGGGCGGGGCUUACGUGAUGUCAUUAAACUACCACACCAAUAUGUGAAGCAGAACCCCCUGAUGAUGCACAAGAAAUCUGGUGCAGAUCAGAUGAUGUAUCAUGGAGAUAUAACUGUUGGAAUAAUUUAGGGGGCGCCCUGGAGUCAAAUUUCAAUAUAACCUUUUGACCUCUAAAGAGGUUAACAAAAGUCAUUUUUUUGGUACAAAUUGGAUGAUGCAUGUGUGAUUUAGAGCCAACUGUAUGUAAACUUCAAGGGAUUAGAAUUCGUCAUUCUAUCACAGAAACAUGCUGCAGCCACCAGCCGUUGCUGAGAGAAGGAUUCAGCAUCAUGUUGUUCUGUCAUUGGACUCGGGUCUAAAUUAGUAUGAAUCAAACAGCAAAAUUACGACCACCAGCAGGAAAACAGGUGAUCUCCUGUUCAAAGGGGCGGGGCUAAGGUGAUGUCACAUAUUGACCAUGUGAAUGUGAUCAACGCUGGUCUGUUAUGACACAUAGAAAGUCUGAAGCAGCUGUGAAUUUGUGUGUGGAAGUGAUUCCAUCUUGACAUUUAAGUUUCUUAAGAAUUUCACAGACUGUUGCAUAAUGGAAGUACUUAAUGUAACUUGUAUUAUAUACUGAAGUCUUUUUAUAACUGGGUGGUCCUAAGAGUGACAGACAUACUGUAUGCCUACAAUCCUUUUGCCAAAAAACUGAAAUUAAUAUUUAAAAACUUUUAUCAUGUCUUUUACUGUAACUACUAAAUAACAAAAUAUUGCAAUCAAAAAUUGAAUAUGUGUCACCUAUCCCUCCUUCUAUGUACUGGAUGUAGUUUUUGCAUUUGCUCACUUGAUUACAUUUUGGCAUACUAUCAAUAAUAAAGACAAAGACAUUGAUGUCA